ACCGCAUCUAGACAGAGCUGUACCGACUGCCGUCCACGGAGGAGGUCAACAUCCCCAGUACUUUAGUUUUUUAUUAUAAAUAUUCGGUUUUUGUGACCCAAGUCGGUUCACUCGGUGUGAUAAUAUUUUUAUAUAUUAGUUUUAAUUGUGCGUUAAGUGGUUUUAUUUCGUGGCCAAGAUGGACCGAUUGACCCCGAUCUUAUUCCUAGCACUUAUAAGUUCAGCCAUAGCUGGCAUAGCCGUCAAGACGACGUUUGAAAAAUUGACGAAUUACGACUACCGUGGGACAACAUUUUACACGGCACGUAAUUUAUCUCUGUAUGAAUGCCAAGAGCGAUGUAGGAACCGCGUCGAUUGCCAAGCAGUUGCUUUUUCAUUUGUCGUAAAUCCGUUGGCGCCAAUUCAAAAUACGAUGUGUGAGCUACACAACGAAACAUCAGCAACAAACCCCGACGCACAGCCCCAACGUGCCGUCAAUAAAUAUUAUAUGACUAAACUUCAAUUACGCUCAGAAAACGUCUGCCGGCGCUUGUGGUCAUUCGAACGAGUGCCCAACAAGAUGAUCCGUGGGCUGGACAACGCGAUUAUCUACUCGUCUUCAAAGGACGCAUGUCUGGCGUCAUGUUUGAGCGAGCGUCGAUUCACGUGCCGAUCGGUCGAGUACAAUUACAUGUCGCUCCAGUGCUACCUGAGUGACGCAGACAGACGCUCUAGUGGGCAGUACGUGCAGUUCGUUGAUGCCCAGGGCGUAGAUUACUUCGAGAAUUUGUGUCUGAAGCCUAAGGACGCCUGCAAGACGCCUAAAAUUUACCAGCUGCCCAGAAUAGGCGUCGCGGAUGACAAGAUCGCUCAGUACGUCGGGCUCCAGUAUUACGUCGACAAGGACCUCGCAGUCCCUACUGAGGCCUCAUGUAAAUUGGCUUGCGAGAACGAGGUCAGUUUUCUCUGUAGGUCGUUCCUAUAUCGCGGACCUCCUACGGGUGAGAGCAACAACUGCCAGCUGUUCCAUCUCGAUCAUUGGACCCUUCCUGAUGGGCCUUCGACUUAUUUAAAUUACGAGCGCCCUCUUAUCGAUAAUGGCGAGCGAAUUGGGACCUACUACGAAAACGUCUGCGAGAAAGGAACACCAGAUUUGCCACUUUAUAUCGACCCUACUGAGGACCCAAAUGCCCAUUUGCUGAGAAAUGGAUCCGAUGCUAACUGUGACAAGACUGGCACUUGUUAUGACGUUUCUGUGGACUGCAAGGACACGAAAAUAGCCGUGCAAGUGCGCACGAACAAACCCUUCAAUGGCAGAAUUUAUGCAUUAGGUCGGUCGGAAACCUGCAACAUCGAUGUCGCGAACAGCGACCUCUUCCGGUUGGAUCUGACCAUGUCAGGACAGGAUUGUAAUACUCAGAGUGUCCGUGACGGAUUUCAGACCGGUGUCUACUCCAACACUGUAGUCCUGCAGCAUCACUCAGUAGUUAUGACGAAAGCGGACAAAAUUUACCGUGUGAAAUGCACAUACGACAUGUCAUCAAAGAACAUUACUUUUGGAAUGAUGCCCAUCAAGGAUCCGGAUAUGAUCAGCAUCACCAGCGCCCCCGAGGCUCCAGCGCCGAAAAUAAAAAUUUUGGAUUCCAGAGCCAGGGAAGUAGAGACUGUGAGAAUUGGAGACAAGUUAAUUUUCCGUAUUGAAAUUCCUGAAGACACGCCAUAUGGAAUUUUCGCAAGAAGUUGCGUUGCUAUGGCUAAGGACUCGAAGAGCACUUUCCAAAUUAUUGACGACGAGGGAUGUCCAGUGGAUACUUCGAUUUUCCCAGCAUUUACUGCCGAUCGUAACGCACUGCAAUCAGUGUACGAAGCCUUCAGGUUUACGGAAUCAUACGGAGUAAUUUUCCAGUGUAAUGUCAAGUACUGUCUUGGACCAUGUGAACCUGCAAUUUGUGAGUGGGACCAUGAGUCUCUGGAGUCUUGGGGCAAGAGGAAGAGGAGAAGCGUCGACAAUUCAACGGAGGAUAAGACUGAGGACAUGACACUGUCCCAAGAAAUUUUGGUCCUUGAUUUUGGUGACGAGAAACAGUCGGAAUUUUUGAGGAGCGACGCUAGUGUCGAUUUUAAUGAAGCUGAUAAAACAGUAACGAUUGUAGAGCCAUGCCCAACAAAAACGUCGGUCCUAGCACUAGGAGUGACCUGUGCCCUACUCGUCCUACUAUACAUCUCAACAGUUUUCUGCUACUACAUGAAAAAGUGGCUGUCGCCUCGUAAAAUGAUGCACUAGGUCCCCGUCCCAGUUUAUCCUCCCUAUUUUUUUGACCUUAAACUCCCCCACCCCUCCUUCCUUCCCCCCCACUCAUCUUAAAGAAAAUCAAUAAAUAACUAAUGACUGAGCCGCUACUUCUGAUUGGGUUGCAAUGACCUUUUAAUUGAUUUUAAUGAUUUUUUUUUUUUUCAAAAAAAAAAAGAAAAAUCAUUUAUCGAAAUUAAUUAAAUAUUUUUUUAUUUUUAAUUGUAACCUGUAUCAA